UAAAGGGAUGUGACGUCGGUGGUAAACAUGAUCACAUGAAUUGUUGUCAUUGAUUUGCAGUUUAAUUGCGCAAAUAUGCACUACUUGAAGUAGUUUUCUAUAUUUACAAUACUUGAAUUAUAUGUACGAAAAAGUAUUUGUAUUUGGCACAAAUUAGUAAAGCCUCGCUUCCCCGGCCAUAGCGUAACAUGGUCACGUCCUUGCUUGAAAGAAAAUAUAUUUUCGCGAGGAUUUUUUUUUUUAUAGCAAAUAUUGAACUUAAAAACGUGUCAUUAUUUAAGAAAUAUAUGCAUGUAAUAAUAUGUAUUCGUAAAUAUAGCCCUAUAUUGGUCUUUAUCCUCAAAUAGUUUAUCUCAAACACCCCUACAACAAGUCUCAACGUGACACUUCCUUGUUUUUCGAAAAGUUUUAUUCGGUAGUAGUUGGCUAUCUAUGGCUAGCACAAUUUGACAUGGAUCCUGUUGAAGUGCAUUGAUUAACAUUUCUUCACCUUUAAGGUUUAGCUUAGGUUGCCCAUGGCUGUAAAUAUAGGCUAGAUAAAUUGAGAAGUUUAAACUAGUAGGGUAAGAUGUUAUCCGCGGCCAACGAAGAUUUCAGGGUGAAGUUUCCACUACAUUCCUUAGUCUGGGAAAAUGAUUACAGGAAAUUGGAAAACGACUCAACAAAGGAGAUUGAAAAUACAAGCGGCAGUACCUACCGGUGCUGCAAAAAGUUGGGUAAACAACACUUUCCUGUGUAUACCCUCUCCAACUCAAAAGGACCAACAGCAUGUACAACCGGUAAAAACGACGUCGAGGCUGUGGAUCCCAGGGGAAGGACACCGCUCCACCUGGCUGUGUCGCUGGGCCACCUGGAGUCCGCGAGAGUGCUUCUGAGACAUGGCGCUGAAGUUACCAAAGAGAAUGCCAAGAAUUGGACAGUGCUGCAGGAGGCAGUCAGCACCGGCGACCCAGAGAUGGUGCAGCUAGUGCUCCAGCGGCGAGACUACCUCAAAGCCUCCACAGCUCUGGGAGGAGUGCCUGAGCUUCUGAGCAAGAUCCGUGAGUCCCCAGAUUUCUACAUGGAAAUGAAAUGGGAAUUCACAAGUUGGAUCCCUCUCGUUUCCCGGGUUUGUCCCAGUGACGUGUGUCGGAUCUGGAAGAGUGGGGCCAGCCUGCGUGUGGACGCCACUCUGCUAGGCUUCGAGAACAUGACCUGGAUCAGAGGUCGUCGGAGCUACAUUUUCAGGGGAGAUGAUGCCUGCACAGAGUUGAUGGAGGUGAACCAUGACGAACAGGUGGUGGACACGGAACGCUUUGACAUCUCCAGGGAGAUAGAAGACGUAACGCUGGACUCCAUGCAACCUGCAGAACAGGAAGUGGCCAAGCGGCUGACCACGCCCAUUGUCAAUACCUUUCUGGACACCAGGGACAUUGCUUUUGAGAGAAAUAAAUCUGGGAUUUGGGGUUGGAGGAGUGACAAAACGGAAGUUGUCAAUGGUUUUGAGGCUAAGGUUUUCACUGUGAACAAUGUAAACGUGGUGAUCCGGACGAGGACAGAGCAUCUCACCGAUGAGGAGAAGGCUAGAAUAAAAAGUGAGAGGAAUGUUCUGGAGUCUCUUCUGGGCACAGUGGAGCAGCAGAUAAGUGCUCAAGGGGACCUCACGCUGGAGUACGCGACAGCCAACAACCCCACCGCCAUCACACCAGAGGAGUACUUUGACCCUGCGUUUGACCUUGAAGACCGAGACAUUGGCCGGCCCAUUGAACUUACCAUCCGAACCCAGAAGUUCAAGGGUACAUUGUGGAUGAGCGAGGAACACCCCCUCUCCCUGGUGGAGCAGGUCACCCCCAUCAUCGAUCUCAUGGCCCGGACCAGCACCCACUUCGCCCGGCUGCGGGAUUUUGUCACCCUCAAGUUCCCUCCAGGGUUCCCUGUAAAAAUAGAGAUUCCCCUAUUCCAUGUGCUCAACGCCCGCAUUUCAUUUGGCAGUGUCAACAAAUGCAGUACGGGCGAACCCUUGGAGACACCCCCCUCCGCUGCCACACCCGAGGUGGAGCAGGUGAGGGAGGAGGGAGGCUGCGACGAAGCUUCAGUUCCCCCUCUAUUCCAGGUGUGCCCGUCGGUGUUCGAGGUGCCCUCACACUACCGCCACCGAGGAGUGGGUGGCAGCCGCCACACGCCAGUGUCAAAUCAUGACGAGGAGCUACUGCAGUAUGCCAUCCACCAGAGUCUGCUGGAGUCCGGUGGUGGAGCCCUGGGACAGGAAGUGACCUGGGGGGAUGCCAAUGGUGACCUCACAGACCCCAUACUCAGUAGCCAGAGUGACGGAAGCAUCCCAGAGGGGGUGCUGGUGGACUUGGGAGACACCACGUCGAGUCAGGCGAGCUCGGGCACCUCGGCCUCCAGCCCCGACACUGACCUCCGCAUGGCCAUGGAGCUGUCGGCCCAGGCCCAGGCCGAGGAGGAGAGGAGGAGGAAGGAGGAAGAGGAGGAGCUGGAGAGGAUAUUGCAGCUCUCGCUCACAGAGAAGUAAAAAAAGGAAAAUAGGAGGGGAAAAAAUUAUAAUUAAGGCCAUGCCUUGCCAUAACUGCAUUAACUUUUCGUUGAUCAAGAAGCAGCCACCACCACUCCCCCAAUCCGCCCCCUCCCACCUUCCUCCUUCACUACAAUCUGCCCUGACCCCGGAAAAACAUCCAUGUAACAUAUGUCAAACAAAACCAUCUGUAUUUAAUACUUUAAUACCUAUUUUUGGUUAAAAAAGCAACAAAAAACAGAUAUAUUGCUAUAUUUGUAUUUCUAUAUAACACUUAGGCUCUGUCUUAAAAGUGUAGAAGCUGUCAAAUCCUUGAUUCCUCCCGUCCUUUUAAAACAGAGCCAAAGCCACUCCGCUCUCCCGAAGAGGUAUCCAGGUAUUCUUUGAUAUUAUUUUGGGAAGGAUUUCCAUUGGAGUGUAAGGGUUCCAACAAGUGAUUGUGUUUGUUGGGUGUUGCGAAGAUGGGGUUAAACUUGUGACUGGUAGCUGCUUUAGUUGUGGCUCUGGAUGUUUGUUGUUUUAGAGCCCUGGGUCAUGUUCAUUAGGCACCAAAUGGAAGGGAGCAGAAUGAAACCGGGAGGGGCUACCUGCACAUUUUCAGUUUCCUGUUGCAAAAAGUUUUAACAUGUUUUAUUUUUUUAUUAAGAUGACCCUGGAAAUGGCAUUCCAGUCACACAGCCAUUCGAAAGAUUGAAUAUCUCAGGGUUCCAUUGUUCUACAGUCCAUCUGAAACUAGUGAAAGUGCAGUAUGUUAGUUUAUUGUGGACACAUCGAACAUGGUUUUCUGGUCAUCAAUAUGGAUUUUUUUUCUACUUUGAACAGAAUAUCAUCAAACAAUAUGACUUGCUGGUGCUUCCAACCCUUUUUCUUCUUGUGCUGCAAGAAUUCAUGUUUUGGAUUCGUGUCGUCAUUGACGCAAUGUUAAAAUGAAAGUGAACUACAUGAUCAUUCAAACAGGUUUUGACUUGCCCCAGAUACCAGGUUUUAUUCAAUUGGGAUAAGGGCUUGUUAUGUAAGAGGGGUUGAUCUUGUUGGCCAUGGUCACUGGGCACCAUCAAGCAUCAGAACCUCAACAAAGCAAUAGCAGAAGCCGCUGUGCCUACCUGUGGAUGACAAAGGAGCAUACACACGGUUCAGUGGUGCUCGCAAACAAAACAAGGUCGAAACAUUGAUUAUCGUAGGCUAUCCAUUGUCUAACACUUUUUCCUUUCUUAAAUGUCAAAGAAUCUGUCCAUUAGACUUCAAACUCAACAGGGUUCUAAGGACUCCUGUUAGGGCUGUCUUUUUUAAUCUUGAAACUACAGAGACCUGUGAACUGAGUGACGUGUGAGAUCUGCUCCAUGUAGCAUCAUCAUUUUGUACUGAAGGGAGCGAUCCCCUCUAACGUUCCCAAUCCCAAAUGGAGGUUACCUACAGUGCCUUCAGAAAGUAUUCAUACCCCUUAACUUUUUCUACAUUUUUAGUUACAGCCUUAUUCUAAAAUUGAUUAAAUUGUUAUUUUCCCCUCAUCAAUCUACACACAAUAACACAAUGCAGGUGCUUCUACACCUGCAUUGCUUGCUGUUUGGGGUUUUAGGCUGGGUUUCCGUACAGCACUUUGAGAUAUCAGCUGAUGUAAGAAGGGCUAUAUAAAUAAAUUUGAUUUGAACA